CUCUGCAGAACUUCUCUGGAAAUUGUUAGAAAAGUGAUUUUUUCAAAUUAACCAACUGAACCAUUGCUCCCUUAACAAGAAUUCUUGUUGAUGUUCCUGGAGCUGGAGUCCUCCUCUGGAUAAGAAGGGAAGUGCUGCUUUUCAAACUCGAAGUGCAGCCAGCUCUGCCCUCUGCCGAUGGCCGGGGACCUCGUUGGCCCAGGAAUGUGGCCGUAGGUGACACCACUUUGUGGCACUUUUGGAAAAGAAGAGCCCUUGGCUCUCACCCCGGUCAGCUCCAUGAGAGCUGCGGGAAUCCCCUGAAGGGGAUAAUAAUGACCGUGGAGAGCUCGCUGCUUUUGGGGAGCCCAAAUCUGCCCACGAUCAGCUUCGGGGGGGACCCUGAAUCUCCCCAAAAACCACCGGGACUGCAGCACAGGGGCGCGAACAUCCAGGUGAGAGGGAAGGAGCCUUUCCCAGCCAGCUGGGGAGUGAAAAUAAUCCAUGAAUCCUCUCAUUCCCUCAGCUCUGCAGCUGUCCCAGAGGUGACAGGGUGGCACACGGGUGGCACACGGGUGGCACCUGCCAGCGCGUCCCUGUCCCCAGGAGCUGCGGGCUCCUACCCCCACCGCUGGCUGCGGGAACAGCAACCGGGGCGACACCGCUCCCAAAACACCCCGACACCACCAGCAGCCGAACAAACACGGUGAACAGCACGGCGAGGGAAGGAAAGCGGGUGAUUGCAGGCAGGAUGGGGGGCAGGGACCCCAAAGCGCUGCCAGGGGGCCCCGCCGUGCCCGUCCCGCUCCCCACGGCGCAGCCGCUCCCCGCCACUUGCGCUUUUGCUUUGCACAGCGAGGGAGGGACCCGCCGUGGGGACACUCCGGGACAGCCUCAGGGCCAGCAAAGCUGCAGGGCCACGUCAGGUGUUGAACCCCUGUGUUGAGAGAAGAGGCUGAAAUGCCACCCAAAAGGUGACAGAGACACAGCUCUGGUGAGGAAUUGUCCACCUGGGCACAUGGCAAUGCUUUUCCCGGUGUGGAUCCCUCCUGCCCAUCCUGCAGCUGACCCCAGCGAGCUCUGACCAGGAGCAUGAGCAGGGCAGGGCUGGAAUUAACUCCCCCCACACCAAAACUCGCCAGGAUGAGCCGGUGAGCGGAGCCUCCCACACGGAUUCCAGGGCUGGACUGUUCCCUUUGGACCCCGAGGCCACCCUGGCUGCAGGACAGGCGGGAUGGACGGGUUAUGAUGCCGGGGCUGAGCACGGAGCCGGAGCACAACCAUGAGCAACAGCUCCAACUGCAGUGAGCCAGACCUCAAGCCCUACUACGCCGUCACCUACACGGUGAUCCUGAUCCCCGGGCUCAUCGGGAACACCCUGGCCUUGUGGGUCUUCUAUGGCUACAUGAAAGAGACUAAAAGGGCUGUCAUAUUUAUGAUCAAUUUAGCCAUUGCUGACUUAUCACAAGUGCUGUCCUUGCCCCUGAGGAUUUUUUACUACCUGACGGGCACCUGGGAGUUCGGAGGAGGUCUCUGCAUGCUCUGCUUCUACCUGAAGUACGUCAACAUGUACGCCAGCAUCUACUUCUUGGUGUGCAUCAGCGUGAGGAGGUACCUGUUCCUCAUGCACCCCUUCAAAUUCAGCGACUGCAGGCGUGUCUGUGAUGUCUACAUCAGCAUCGUGGGCUGGGUCGUGGUCUGUGUGGGCUGCCUGCCUUUCCCGCUCCUCAGGAUGCAGCACCAGGAUGACAAAAACACCUGUUUUGUGGAUCUUCCCAUCAAGAAACUCGACCUCCCCACCUCCAUCACGCUGAUGACCAUAGCAGAGUUGGUGGGGUUUGUGACCCCCCUGCUCAUCAUCCUGUACUGCUCCUGGAAGACAAUCUUAUCACUAAAGGAGAGGCACUCUGCUUCCCGGGACCUGGGCGAGAAGAAAAAGGCUUUAAAGAUGAUCCUCACCUGCGCCCUGGUGUUCCUGAUUUGCUUUGCACCUUAUCACAUCAGCUUCCCGCUGGAUUUCUUUGUGAAAACCAGGCAGAUCCGGGAGGGCUGCGUGCAGAUCUCGGCGUUCCACGCCGUGGCUUUGUGCCUCGCCAGCCUCAACUCCUGCGUGGAUCCCAUCAUCUACUACUUCACCACGGAUGAGUUCAGGAGACGCCUCUCCAGGCAGGAUCUGCAGGACAGCAUCCAGCUCCAGCACCUCAGCUACAGCAGGAAGCACUCCAGGGAUGUGCUCAGCGAGGACACCACGGAAUACUAGAGCUGCCCUUCCCAAACUGCUGCCAGCACUUCCAAUACUCAUCACAUUUUGGCCUUUGACACAAUUUUUUCCCUCAGGACACUGAGAACAACAAUUCAAACUUCUGCUUUUGGUGAGGCUUGGAAUAAACAAAACCUCCUGCCUCCCCAAAAAAUAUCCCCAAACCUGACCAGGAAUGUGUUGAUUUAAUACUUAAGGUGCAGAUUUUCACUGAAUAUAAAUAGGAGCAUUUCCACUCCUCAGCUGGACAGCAGGAGGUCACAGACCCAUGGGAGAGGUGACACCAGCCCCACUGUCACAACAUGGCACCAUGUCUUGGUCAGCAAGAAACAGCAAAGAUUCUGGGGUCUUGCUGUGCAGAAAGAAUUUGAUCCUAAAAAGUACUGGAUGGCACAAGAUUCUCUGUUUCUGAAGCACGAGACAAUUCAGCAGAGACUGAUUCUCCAGAGAGUGCCCAGAGCCUGCUCCAGCCACGCUGAGCACAGAGUGAGGAGCAGAAGGUGGCCCCAAAGGACUUCCCAUUCAAAUAAUUCAUGAAGCCUCAUUUGGGGGUGUAGCAAAUGCCACCACCCCAAAUCACAGUCAGUGAAGAUCCCACACACUGUUUUUCUGCCGUCAGUUCCCACUUCUGGAUGCAAAGACAAGGGUUAGAGCCACGCCGUGGGUUUUGAACCAUGAGGUUGUGCUUGGAGGGUAUUUAUUCAAGCCAGGUGUCCAUCGAGCCUUUCAGAUCCUCUUUUCACCAAAAAUGGGGCAAAUUAUUUCCCUUUCACUGAUAACUGACCCACGGCCAUCCCAUCCACUCCCCACAAACAGCAGCAGGAUUCAAACAGAGGAUCCAAACCUCCCCAAAGUUCUCUGUAAUGGGAACCCCCUGGAAACAAAAUCAAAGGUGCCACGAGAGAUUUUUAAGAAAGGCUCAAAGGUGGAUGCUUUGUUGAUAAUAUUUGCUUUAAAUUCAAACCACAGAGGCUUUGGGCUUGACUUUGGUAUUUCAUUUGCACCUUCUUGUAAAAUGUUACUUUUCUGUGAACAUUGGAAAUGUAAAAUACUGUGCCAGUAUCAUUUCUUAUUUAUGCAAAUGUUGUUUUAUAAUUUAUAUAAGGGACAUACACAUUGUAGGAAAAUGAUGUGAAGCCCAGAGAGUGCCAGAACACAAGAAGUUUGGUUUUUUUUCAAAAACUUUUUCAUAUAAUAAAAGAAAACUCCACCACCUCUUCCUUACAGGAAUCUGAGCCAGUGCCUGAUGGCUGAGCAAGCACUGAUAAUUCAUGGAAACCACAAAGCAUAUUCACAGUGACCAAAAAAAAAAAAUAUUUAUUUUUAUACUUCCUGUUGUAUAUAAUAAAACAAUCAUUUCUAAAAAUGUUUUUUAAAUCUAAUUCUUGGCCCUUUCUCCCCCCUGCAUCACCAAUACACACAAACAUGUGGCAGCACCUGGAUUUGAUGCCUCUUGAGGGCCUUUAGAACAUUUUAGAUGGUUCUCUGAAAUUAUUUUACUCUUCUUCUUGCACUGGGGACAGAAGUCAAAGGGACAGAUUUCCCAGGGUAAUGGGAAUUCCUCCAGCUGCAGGAAUCCAGCCCAUCCCUGUCCUUUCUGGCCACCAUGGGAGGGGACCAGGGUGGCCCUGUCCAAACCCCCCAGAGUCACUUUCAGCUCCUGAGGGAGAAAAGGUUGUUACAUAAAACGGUGUCAGAAGUUCAGAAAUUGUUCAGUGACAGAAACCUCAAGCAGCUGAAAAUUUUCCACCCAGAAAAUCCCGUGGGUGCAGCAGCACCUUCCCCCCCCUGCCACGGUAACGGGGCUUAUUCAAAUGAGUGUUAAUUAUCUUUUCUACAGGAGGUUGGUGCAAUGGUCAGGGUUGGUGACACGAGAUGAAUUCAGGGGACACCUCCCUGCCCUCCCCCAGGGCACCUCUGCUCCAGGUGGCAUCUGCUGGGGACACCCUGAGCUCUCACAGGCCCCUGGGGAUGCUGCCACCAACAAGUGCAGAGUCAGGAUGUUCCUUAGAUUUCCAGGAGCUGGAUUUUCAUGCUGUGGGUAUUUUUGCCAUGCCCCUGUAUUUUUUAGUGUCUCAGGAUCCAUGAGCUGGACUCAAUGAUCUUUAGGAGUCCCUUCUAACUCAGCAUAUUCAGUGAAUCUCUAAAACAAUCUGAAUAAUCUGGUGUGCAGCACUGGAGUGGGAAUCUGAAUGAGAAUGUGACUGAGAACAAAUCCCCAGAAUAUCCCCUUUACUUUUGCAGGAAGGGUUUCCUCUGUUUGCCCUCCCCAAGGCGUUGUUAUCACUGAGCAGCAAGCACUGAGGUCUCUGCCCGUGCCCUCACCAGGCUGGCUCUGUGCUGAAAUGAGAAGUGGCUUUUGGGCACAGAAUCAGUUUUAAUUCCUGCUGGGCCAAAGGAGAGCCACUGUGGCGAGAGUGCAGCCUCAGGGGUGGUUUGAGGGGUGCUUGGGGAGCUGGAGCUGCUCAAAAUGAGCACAGAGUGUUUUGGGAGCCUUUCUCACACAUGGUACAAGGUGGGUGAGGGUGGUGGGGUCAGGGAGAAGCAGAGUUCUGGGUCUGCUCCAACCCUGCCCCGCUCCCAUCGCCUCUCCCGUGCUCCCAGCCCAGCUGCACA